UCGAAAUGAUUUUUGGCCACAGCGACGACAUUUCCAUAGCCAUGACAUCGCACUUUAUGAAGUUCUCUGGCUUCUGGAUGGCGACUAAUUACGUCGAACAAAAAUGCAGAAAUUUUGCCUUGGUUUACACCAUCAUUGGGAUGUUACUUCUUGGUUCAGUUCAAGUGGUAGAGUUGUAUUAUUCCAGGGGAGAUUUCGGCACCUGUCUCUACAUCUUGUGCAACGUCCUAAGUUUGUGCAUGUCUUUAUUCAAGAUAUUAAUCCUGCUUGAACAUAAAAAGGAUUUCUUUCAAUUAAUUCUGUACUUGCAACAGAAAUUUUUGCACGGGAUUUACGACGACCACGAGAAGAAGAUUGUGGGCGCGUGUAAACGCGUCUGCGCGUUCUUCAUUUGCGUCUUCACUUGCUGUGCGCAUGCUACGGUAUUUAGCUACGUUCUAAGUCCCAUCGUGGUUAACAUUGGUAGAAACGAAACGGACCGAGUACUUCCAUUCCAAAUGAGGAUUAGCCUAAUAUCCCUCACGCCAUACUUUGAGAUAACGUUCGUGCUGCAGGCAUUGUUCUUGUAUCAAGUCGGCGUGUGCUACUUUUGCUUCGACAAUCUUCUGUGCAUCAUAAAUCUGCACGUGUCUAGCCAAUUUCGUAUACUACAGUACAGGAUGGAAAAUAUGCAGACCGUGGACAAGGAAAAAGAUAGCGAUAGUUUGAUAACGUGUAAAUCACAUUCUACGGAUAAAUGUUACUCGAUAUUUAAGACCUGCAUUCAACAGCAUCAGGCGUUAAUUACAUAUUGUAGCAAGCUUGAGAAAGUAUUCAGUUCUUUCUCGUUGGGGCAGGUGCUGGUUUUCAGUGUGUUGAUCUGCCUUGGAGGAUAUCAAGUACUCAUGUCAAAUGCACCGUUCGCAACACGGAUGAUUUUCAUAUUCCACAUAAUGGGCUGCACAGCACAACUGUUCAUGUUUACGUACAGUUGCGACUGUCUGAUCCAAGACAGUACCAACAUUGCUACCGCGAUGUACGCAGCUCCCUGGUCGCGUCUGCCUAUGGACAAGGAUGGAAGAACCCUGCGAAAAGACUUGAUACUUGUAAUUUUGAGGUCUAGAGUACCUUGCUGCCUGACGGCCAAUAAAUUCUUCCCCAUAUCUCUGGAAACGUACACUGGGAUAAUGAGUACCGCAAUGUCAUACUUCACGCUAUUGAAAGGGCGAACCGUGGAUACAACGUGAAUUCCUUCCAAACGUGUUACGGAAAGCAUACACCGAUGCCUUGUUUUCUGGAUAAAAUAGUAUCAAUUAUUUGUACCUGUUACAUGAAUAAAAUAAUACACAAAG